AAUUCAGAAGAAGACGCAAACCAAAACCAAACAACAAUGGCGGUUCCGGGCAGAGGUCUAGCGGAGGCUGACGACAACGAUGAAGAAAACGCUCUCUUUGAAGAAGAGGGUUUGGAGGACCUUGACUCUCACGCGCCUCCUCAUCUACGCGCCAUCGCAGACGCCACUCAGCUCGGCGACGUCGACGCCCUCCGACUCGCUCUCGAUAACUUGGAAGGCAGUAUUGAUGAACCGGUGGAAGAUGGGGACACAGCUCUGCAUCUGGCUUGUCUCUAUGGUAAACUUUCUUGUGUCCAGUUGCUUUUGGAGAGAGGGGCAAAUUUGGAGGCCAAGGAUGAAGAUGGAGCUAUUCCUCUGCAUGAUGCUUGUGCUGGGGGAUACACUGAGAUAGUUCAACUUCUAAUGAACAGUGCUAAUGACACCGAGUGUGUCAAGAGAAUGCUAGAAGCAGUUGACGCUGAAGGUGAUACUCCUCUGCACCAUGCAGCCAGAGGUGAGCAUGCUGAUAUUAUAAGAUUGUUGCUGACUUCUGGAGCUUCUCCUACAAAGGCAAACCUGUAUGGAAAGAUUCCAAGUGAGUUACCAGAACUGAACACAGAAGCUAAGGGGAUUUUAGAGGCUGCUGCUGGUGCUAUGCAAUGCCAGUAAGCUUUACUUGCUGCAAAAAGAAUUCUAGAUUUCAUUUAGGUUGUGAGCCUGCUUCUUUCUGUGGCUUCUAUAGAUCAGCAACACCAAAAUGUGAUCAUGGCAACAUGGCCUCUUUGUUUAUUA